GGGGGCAGGCACCCCCGGAUUUGGGCGCAGCUGCCGUCCGGUGCGGAGGAGCCACCAUUGAUUUCCUGCGGGUGGCUCGCAGCGACGGGCUGGGCGCUGCCGCCGCCGCCGCCGCCGCUGCAGCCGCUGCCGCCGCCGCGGGCAUGGCCAAGCCGGUGGACCACGUGAAGCGGCCCAUGAACGCCUUCAUGGUAUGGUCGCGGGCGCAGCGGCGCAAGAUGGCCCAGGAGAACCCCAAGAUGCACAACUCGGAGAUCUCCAAGCGGCUGGGCGCCGAGUGGAAGCUGCUGAGCGAGGCCGAGAAGCGCCCCUUCAUCGACGAGGCCAAGCGCCUGCGGGCCAUGCACAUGAAGGAGCACCCCGACUACAAGUACCGCCCGCGGCGCAAGCCCAAGACGCUGCUCAAGAAGGACAAGUUCGCCUUCCCCGUCGUGCCCUACGGGCUGCCGGACGCCGUCGAGCACCACCACGGCCACCACCUGGGCCACCACCACCCGGCCCUCAAGGCCGGCGCCCUCCACGGCCACGAAGCGCUGCUGGCCAACCCGGAGAAGGCGGCCGCGGCGGCCGCGGCUGCGGCGGCCCGCGUCUUCUUCCCGCACUCGGCGGCGGCAGCAGCGGCCGCCGCCGCCGCCGGCAGCCCCUACUCGCUGCUCGACUUGGGCUCCAAGAUGGCAGCGGAGAUCUCGUCGGCCGCCUCGGGUGGCUCGGGCGGAGGAGGCUCGGCCGGCGGGCUGUCCUACGCCUCCUCGCUGGCUUACCCGACGGCCGGCGGCGCCUUCCACGCGGCGGCGGCGGCGGCAGCGGCGGCGGCCGCCAGCGGGGGGCACACUCACUCGCACCCGUCCCCGGGCAACCCGGGCUACAUGAUCCCCUGCAACUGCAGCGCCUGGCCCAGCCCGGGACUCCAGCCCCCGCUGGCCUACAUCCUCCUGCCAGGCAUGGGCAAGCCCCAGCUGGACCCCUACCCCGCAGCCUACGCGGCGGCUCUAUGACCCCCAGCCCCCCACUUUGGACCCCUGUACGGAGAACCCCUAGCGGGGAUGGCAGGGCUGGACGCCAGCCGCCUGCCGGCGCUCGGACUUUAGCGGCCUCCGGCCCCAGGACUCUUCCUAGC